CUCUGCUGGUUGGUAACUACCAUAGACAUAAGACGGUAAAAGUAGAGAAGAAUUAAAUAUUAAGACUGCUAUAGACGCUUUCAUCGGACGCACGCGCGUUGCCAAGGUUAUGCGCUUGGCCCUAAGUUAACUUCCGGUCUGUGUUUGUUUAUUAUUGGGUUUGCGUUUACUGGCUAAUAUGGCACCGACUACAAAUGGAGUGAAAGAUAAGCUGAUGAGCAGACUGACGUUGGGCUCAAGUUGUUGUGCUGUGGGGUGUAACCUGACCUCAGGAACAAACGCCAUUUCGAAAAUAAAAAUGUUUCGGUUUCCUAAAGAAGAUGGGAGACGGCGAGCAUGGAUGACCGCUGUGCGAAGAGAGGCUUGGCAGCCAGGCAAGAAUUCAAGGAUCUGUAGCACUCACUUCGUUUCAGGUGCGCCAUCAGUGGACCCAUGCCAUCCAGAUUAUGUUCCAUCAAUGUUUGCACACAAAAACACCAUUGAUGGUGCCCAGAAGUUGGAGAGGUACCAGAGGAGACAGAGUAGACCAUCUGUGGUUGAGUCCAUCGAAUCACCUUCCAUAGAGGUCACCCAUGCUGACACUGAAGAUGGAUGCACUGCUGUGGGUACAGAUCUGUCAAUGGCAGACAUUGACCAGCUACAAAAUGAAAACAUUGAAUUGAAGAGAAGAGUGGCUUUACUGGAGAAGAAAUUGGAAUCUCAAGAAAAACGCCAACAAGAUCAAAUGAUUUCCAGUCUGUCCGAUUUUAUUUUAAGUGAUGACAAGCGCACUCAUUUUUACACUGGUCUACCAUCUGCCUCUGUGUUUUUCACCCUCCUCACUUACCUGACAACAACAUGGAAUGCAUCAUCAACCAUACUUACCCUUCCCGAGCAGUUUCUUGUGGUCCUGAUGAAGCUUAGUGUUUCUUUUGCGCCUCUACAUCAUGAAACCUAUGCACUUGUUGUACGUCGCUCUGGAUAAGAGCGUCUGCUAAAUGCCUAUAAUGUAAUGUAAUGUAAUGCUUCGUCUGGGCUUAACUCAUCAAGACCUAGCUUUUCGCUUCAGAGUGAGUUGUGGAACUGUCUCAAACAUCUUCCAUGAAUGGCUCGAGGUGAUGGCUAAAGAGUUACAAUGCCUUGUCCGGUGGCCAUCCAGAAAAGAUAUCAAAAGAAAAUAUUCAAGGCUACAGGUUUCAAACAUGUUAGAUAUAUAAUAGACUGUACUGAAGUGUUCAUUGAGAGGCCAACUAGUUUGCAUACACGAGCAAUCACCUACUCCCACUACAAGCCACAUAAUACUGUGAAGUUCCUUGUUGGCAUUAGCUAUUACAUUUUUAUCAAGAGUCUGGGGUGGUCGUGCUAGCGACAAAGUCAUAACAAAAAAUUCAGGCUUGAUUGACCUUCUUGAACAAGGAGACCAUGUAAUGGCUGAUCAGGGCUUCAAUUUUCCUGAAUACUUUGCCACCAAAUGUGUCCGUCUUCAUGUACCAGCAUCUACAAAGGGAAUAAAACAACUGACAGGAUUAGAGGUGACACAAUCUAGAAAAAUGUCACGAGUGAGAAUCCAUGUAGAAAGGGCCAUAGGAAAACUGAAGUCAUUCAGAAUUCUGCGGAACACCCUGCCAGUCAGUAUGGUCAAACGGAUAAGCGAUAACAGUCUUUGCACAAUAGACAAAAUAUUGAUUGUUUGUGCAGCACUAUUGAAUCUGGGGAAACCACUGGUACCAAAAUAAAGCAGGACUGAACAAAAACUGUAGGUUUGAUAAAUUAUUUUAAAUAUUUUAACAUGCCAAAAACAGGCAUUAUGAUAUUUAUAGUCUCCCCCUGAUAUAAUUUUCAUUGCUCUUAUGUGCACACUACCUUUCCCAAAAUGUACAAAGUUCUUAAAUGUUGCUUAUUUUAUAUUUCUUACUAUUUAUUUAUUUUUUUAUUAUUCUGUUUUUGUAAUUGUUAAAAAAAAUCUGUAGACGGCAGAGGAAAUAAAACUGCUUUUGUAAGUUUGAUGUAAGUUUUGUAAUAUAUACUGCUGUCCCAAAAAUAAAGAAUUAAAUAUAUAUAUAUAUAUAUAUAUAGAUUCAGUAAUGAACACCAACAACAAUCGAUGAACUGAUUUAUUGACUGAUGAAUAAAGUACUGCAGACUAUCUAA